AUGCGUUGGGGGUCUGCAAAAGUGUCUUGCAUUUUGUUAGUGCAUGUUCUGCAGCGGGAAGGUUUAUUACGGUUUUGCAUCAUGGGUUCCAACGGUCAACAACUUCAAGUCGCCAUCGUCGGUGCCGGGAUUGCUGGCCUGACGUCGGCUAUCGCGCUGAAGAACCACCCUGGCAUUAAUGUACAGAUCUAUGACAAGGCCAAGGAACUGCGGGAGGUCGGCGCAUCGAUUGCGCUGGGUCCGAAUGGAUUGAGGACGUUGGAAAAGCUGGGCAUUCACAAUGCGCUCGACGAUGAGAUUGCUUUCCGCAACAAGUCGGGCUAUCCCAUGAUCUACCGUCACUACAAGACUGGCGAGAUCGUCUCAGUCGACGAGCACCACGGCGAUGUUGAGCCACGUCACAAGACAGCUCGUUUCCACCGGCCGCACUUGCAGCAAGCCCUAUUGAAGCAUAUUGAACCUUCGCGGAUUCAUCUCAACAAAGCCUUCCAGAGCAUCUCCAACGGUGAUUCAACAGGUCAGCUGAAAAUCACAUUUACCGACGGCACGACCAUCACAGCCGACAUCCUCCUUGGUGCCGACGGCAUCCACUCCGGGGUACGGAGCUUUUACGUCCCAUCGUCCCGAUCGAAGUGGACCGGCUGGACGGCCUUCCGCGCAGUCUAUCCCAUCUCACACGUCGCGCACAUUCCCGACAUCCCAGAGGAGGCAGAGCACUGGUGGGGCGUCGAUAGGACGUGGUUCAUGUCCAAGCUGGGUAAGGGGCAGUUCUGUAUCGUUGCCUCGCACCAGAGCGAUCCCGACGCCAAUGAUGCGUUGUACAAGGACACGGUGUGGAACACGGAUAGCGAUGUGAAUCUGCUCAAGGAGCACUACAAGGACUGGCAUCGGCUGGUGAGGGAGAUCAUUGACGCGACGCCGACAGAUUCGUUAAAGGUAUACCCUAACGCCUCGGCGCACGGGUUAGAGAGCUGGGUUCUCGGGGAUGGAAGGGUAACGUUCGCUGGCGACGCCGCGCAUGCGCAUGGAGGUGCUUUUGCUGCUGGUGGAAGUCUGGCGAUUGAUGAUGCGUGGGCGUUUUCGUCGUCGAUUCAACAUGUUUUUUCGCCGACAGCCACGGAACUCCCGUCGGCGGCGGAUAUAGCGAGGGCACUGAAGUUGUAUGAGAAGACGAGGAAAGCUCAUACGGAUCGGGUGCUUGAUACAGUGCAUUCUACGAACAAGAAGAAGGUGGAGAGGGUAGGUGUGAUUGAGACGGACGAGGGACUGCGGGCGAGGAUGAAGAACCGGGUAGAGCCUGUAUGGAUUCAUGAGCAUGAUGUUGAGGCGGUGUUCCGACAGGUAUUGGCUGAUGAGGCGAAAGCGAAUGAGGUGAGAAGAGAGCAAGGUGCACCGGCUGUGCAAAUAGAAAGCCGUCUCUAG